AUGCUUCCUUUAACACUUCUGCGAACUGCAGUUUAUCACCCUAUGUUGGUGGAAUUAAAAAAUGGUGAAACAUACAAUGGGAACUUAAUGAGUUGCGAUAAUUUUAUGAAUAUUCACUUACGUGAUGUUAUUUGCACUUCUCGAGAUGGUGAUAGAUUUUGGAAAAUUCCUGAAUGCUACAUACGUGGUAAUACCAUUAAAUAUCUACGUUUACCAGAAGAUAUUCUUGGCCUUGUCAAAGAAGAUGUCAAUGAAAAACCAUCACGUUCAGGACAAUCAUCACGUAGACCAUUUCGUGGUCGUGGUGAUGGUGGACGUGGAGGGUAUGGUGGCCGAUCUGGCGGAGGCGGUGACAAUCGUAAUAACUAUAAAGGUAGUGGUGGUGGCGGCGGCGGCGGUGGUGGAGGAGGCCGUGGUGGACAUCAAGGUUCACGUGGCGGUGGCCGUGGUGGUGGUCAAUUUCGCCAAGGACGACAAUGA